CAAAAUUAAUAUAUUAAAUCUAUUAUUAUUAAAUUAAUUCGAAAUUAAUCUAGAUUAAAUUUUAAUAAUUUAAUAAAAAUGUUAAUAUUACUAUUUUGUUUUACAACGUUUUACGGUGUCAGCAAUUCGGCUUUUUACGACUCUUUCCAUGGCACUGUGAUUAGUACGGAAGACAUGAAACAACAUAUGAAGAGAAAUACUACGUUCUGGUGUAUCAAUGAUAUAGCACCAUGCGAUCCUAAUGAAGGGAGACGAAUAGACGGGUCGUGCAAUAACUUGGAGCAUCCCACUAGAGGUGCAACCCAUACUCCAUUUUAUAGAGUCUUGCCGGCAACUUACGAUGAAGAUUUUCAACCAAAGAAGACAAAAUCCGGCAAAGAAAUGCCUUUGGCCCGGCAACUACGUACUCACCUCCUAUCUGAGGGUCGGAUACCAAGCCAGAGAUUCACACAACUUGCCACGCACUUCUUCGUCUUCCUGCCAGCCGAUAUAAUCUCCGCACAAGAUACUGUGAACUUUAUAAUGUGGAAACCAUACUGCUGCCUACCCAAAGGUAAAACUGAUAGAGACUGCACCCCUAAUAAGGUUCCAGAUGACGAUCCGGUAUUCCGUCACUCGGAUAUUCGGUGCCUUAAUAUGACCAGACCUAUAUCAUUCCAGUCUUCUGGAUGUAUUAAAAAUGAUACUGUUCCAGAAAGGAUAGUAUCAUCAACUCCAUUAUUUGAUCUAUCAAAUAUAUACGGCACGAUAGAAGAAAGUGCCAUAAAAAAGGCUCGAAAAUUUGAACGUGGUUUGUUGAAAUACGACGUUGAAAAUGGUAGAAUAUGGCCGCCAGGAACCAAGACAUCCAUCAAUUUAUGUUUGCUCAACCAAAAACCAGCUGAGACACGAUGCCAUGAUACACCUGAAGCUGCAACCAACACCGUUCUUGGAAUUAAUCUCUUCUCAAUUUGGCUUUGGAGAUAUCACAAUCUUAUAGCCAAUGAAUUGGCUAACCUGAACCCAUGUUGGAGUGACGACCGUCUAUUCUACACGGCCAGAGACAUCAAUAUUGCUACAGUUCUGCAGAUAUUUUACUAUGAAUUUCUUCCCUUGAUGUUGGGUCGAGAAAACAUGGUUCGCGACGGUGUUAUAUCAUCGUCAUCAGGUUUCAGAGAUUUAUAUAAUUCCAAUGUACUUCCUCAGUUAUCUUUAGAAUUUCCUUUUGUACUUCGAUGGGUGCAUACUAUGCAAGAGGGCAAUUUGAAAUUUUAUGAUAAACACGGCCACUAUCUUCGACAAUUCCCGCUAGUGAAUCUCACGCUAAGAACAGGCUUCCUGGCUGUAGACAAUAAUAUUGACUAUAUUACACAAGGUAGUUUCCGACAGGCGAGCGCCAAUGUUGACUAUGUUGUAGACUUUGAUAUGGCAGGCAUUGGACUUGGACCUCAUCAACGAGCAUUUGAUAUUUUAACAAAUGAUAUAGCUAAGAAUCGAUACUUUGGAUUUCAACCUUACGUGAAGUAUAAACAAUUUUGCAACCAAAAAGAAUAUACGUCAUUCGAUGAUUUAUCUAAUGAGAUUGAUCCUGAACGUAUAGAACUACUCAAAGAAAUUUAUGAGCAUGUAGAAGAUAUAGAUCUCUUAGCUGGUAUUUGGAUGGAGAAACUAAUUAAAGGUGGCUCAGUGCCGAGUACAUUCUACUGUCUCGUAGUAGAACAAUUAAUAAGAAAUAUGAUCUCUGACAGACACUGGUACGAGAGGUCUAAUAGACCGAACGCUUUUACCUUAGAACAACUACAAGAAAUAAGAAAGGUAACAGUAUCCCGUUUGCUGUGCGACGUAGCUGAUGGUGUAAUGGAAAUUCAGCCACACGGAUUCCUCAGGGCGGGUCACAAGUAAUUUUUUUAUUUUGGUUUUUAGAUUUUAUAUAUGAUAAAAGUUGUCAAAAAAUUACAGUAUCACAGUUAACAAACUAAGUUUUUAAUUAAUUUGGUUUCGUUUGACUAAAAUAAUUAACAUAAUAUGCCGUUUGGUCCCAGCAUAGAAUAGGCCACCCCUUCCUUGCCCCUUCCUUUCCCCUGGGUGUCGUAAGAAGCGACUAAGGGAGAACGAGAGAUGGACAGCAGCAUCCUU